AAUUAAAAACGGAAACACAACGAAAACGAGUUAAAAAUUAUGCUAUCGAAAAAUGUAAAGUUGUACAUCCAAUGAUGAGGGGCAGCACUAACAAAAUAUGUAAAGCCGAGCGACAAUCAACAUUUCGUUUUUGUCGCUUCCCCAAGGCUGUCAAGUUAAUGUGCAAGUUCUAAAGUUGCAACCGUGUCACAGAAAGAGAAAGCAUAAGUCAAGUAAAAUUUAGGAAAAACAAAAAAUAAACUAAGAAAAGGAUUACAACAAUCAUCAAUAAGCUAACAAGAGAACGUCGAGAAGAAUUCUGGCAGCUGGCGGAGCAUUGAGAAUUGGACACAGUUGUUGGGGAGCUCUUUCCAGAGGCGAAUGAAAUGUAUUCGGCAGUGAAGCCACUAUCAAAAUAUCUGCAAUUCAAAUCGAUACGCAUCUACGAUGCCGUUUUCACCAUUCACUCCAAGUGCACCGUUGUCAUCCUGCUGACCUGCUCGCUGCUGCUAUCGGCACGCCAAUAUUUUGGGGAUCCCAUUCAAUGCAUCAGUGAGGAGAAGAACAUCAACUAUGUGCAAUCCUAUUGCUGGACCAUGGGCACCUACAUCCUUAAGCUUGACAAUUUCAGCGAACGCCAACCGCUGCCAAGCCAACCGAAGCCAUCGCCGACAACAGGUCGCUUGAGUAUGCGACGCCUGGCAGAAUACAAUGAGGAAUAUGCCCGAGCUCUGGCCAUAGCCGAGGGCGUGGGUCCGGAGCUACGGGGUCAGACGCAGCGCGAAUAUUUGCGGUAUUAUCAGUGGGUCAUCAUCUUGCUGCUGUUUCAAUCGUUUGUCUUCUACUUUCCGUCUUGCCUGUGGAAGGUGUGGGAGGGGCAGCGUCUCAAGCAGCUGUGCUCAGAGGUGGGCGAAGCUCUGCUCUCCGAGCAGACUUACAACACACGACUGCGAUUGCUCGUGAAGUAUUUCACCACCGACUAUGAGGAUAUGCACUAUUGCUAUAUGGCCAAAUAUGUGUUCUGCGAACUCCUCAAUUUCCUUAUCAGCAUGCUUAAUAUUUUGGCUUUGGAGGUGUUCCUCAAUGGCUUUUGGAGCAAGUACAUGCAUGCCUUGGCCACAAUCCCGCUGUACGAUUGGGAUCGCUGGAAUCGCAUCUCGUCGCAGGUCUUUCCCAAGAUCGCCAAGUGCGAAGUGCUCAAAUACGGAGCCAGUGGCACGGCCAGCAUUAUGGAUAAUCUCUGCAUUCUGCCACUCAACAUUCUGAACGAGAAGAUCUUUGUGUGCCUCUGGUGUUGGUUCCUCCUCAUGGCCAUUAUGUCCGGCUUGAAUUUGGUGUGUCGUCUGGCCAUGAUGAUGAGUCGUACUCUCCGGGAGCUAAUGAUUCGCAGCCAGUUGCGUUUCAUGACCAAACAGCAUGUGCAGCAUGUCUUCAGGAAUCUGACCAUCGGCGAUUGGUUUCUCCUCAUGAAGGUCAGCGUCAAUGUGAAUCCGAUGCUCUUUCGCGAUCUCAUGGAGGAGCUCUGUGAAUUGCGCUCCUCGCCCAGCUCAGUUUCAUCGCUAACUUUACUCGAGAGUCCCGCUUAGCUCAUUAGCAUUUAUACAUAAGAAUAUUAUUCACAAUUUUUUUGCUUUGGGGAUAUGCCAUCAAACUCACUGUGCUUAGUUCAUCUAAUACGUAUAAGUGUAUUUAUAUAUAUAUAUAUAUCUUUUAAUUCUUUGCCAAGUCCAAAUAUAUGAAUUUAA